GAACGCGCUUCUGGAGCCAAGGAGAGCGAGAGAGACAGACCUGUUCCCCCUUUUCUGCCCGCAGACAGUGGCGCGCUCUGUCGGCCGGAACGCGAAGCUUCCAAUCCAUCGUGCUCCGCCUUGUCGCCUAUCCGCUACCUCCUUCUAAUUUGUCACUUGUCAUUUGCAACAGGCGUUGGGCGUUAGAAGAAUCUGUUUAUAUUUAUAUUUGUUCUCAAUUACUGUCCGUAUUGUUUACGUUUCGUCCUCCCGGUCAAGUGGGCGUGCGCUUGGGUUAUGUUUCAAGUUGAAUUCAGUUUCUAUCCUCGCCGCCACUAAAGAUAUUUCAUCUGCAACAAUGUCGGGUCUGUCAGAGACAUCCGUAAAAGACACAAUGGAUUCAGCUAAGGAAUAUGUCUCCAGACUAGAGGAACUGGUGCGAUCGGUAGAAGCAGCAGAGCACCAGGUCGAAUCCAGUGCAGCACAAAGUACUUUGGAAGUGGAAAAAACUUUUAAACAACUCUCGGAAUCUAUCCUAGAAGUUUUGAAUAAGCGGAAAGAAGCUUUGUUAGCUGAAAUUGCUGCUAUUCACCAUGAGGGUUUGUCCCCUCUUCAGGCAUGUCGAAGCUUGAUUGCUUCAAAACUCUCAAACACUAAGUCUUAUAUAGCAGAAGGGGGUGACAUACUUAGAAUUGGAGGAAUGGCUAUUUCUGCGAGCACUGAAAAAUUCUGUGAAAAAGCCUCAUUUCUUGGGAGUCUGCCUGCUGUACCACAGCUAGAAGAGGUGCCAUAUGUGUCAUUCCAAUGCAACUUUGCCUCUCUUGAAGAACAAAUUGGAAAAAGUGUGCAAUCUUUGGGACGAGUUUCUCGGAUGGGACCUGUACAAAUUACUCAAAUGGACGAAAAGCCAGGGGCUCUCUUGUUGCACUGGGAAGAGGUGGACUUCGAACACUCUGUAGAUAUCCACUCUUUUCGACUUCAGUAUGCCUAUGGAGAUAUUCGUAAUCAGCCUCAUUUAAUGAAUACAAACUUUCAUGAUGUAUAUGAAGGCCCCGACACUCAGUAUCUUGUGCGAGAUCUUCAACCAUCUACACUGUAUACCUUCAGAGUGUGUUGUCUUGUGGAAGGAGAAUCAGAUUGGAGUGCAUGGAGUUUGCCUAGGAUUGGAAGCAGCAGCAUCACACCAUUCCGUUGGACAGAAGACAAUCCUCACUAUACAAUUACCAAUGAUGCUAAAAUUGCUUUCAAAGCUUCUGGUGAACCAUCUUUGCUCUGUUCCUGUUCUGCCCAAUUUGGACCUGGUCAUUGCAUCGAGUUUACUGUUCUAGAAUGUGGUGAUGGUGGUCUUGACCAAGGCUUGGUUCUGUGUAGCAGCUCAAAAUAUGACAAUGGACUGCUGCAGCCAGGAGUAUUAUUUCUCAACACAGAGGGGAGUAUUUUUGUUGAUGGUGUUGAGAAGAUGAUGAAGUUGCCUCCUCUCCAAGUUGGUGCCAAAGUAUGCUUCCUUUGUGAACACAUACGUGAAGACAAGCUGAGAGUACACAUUGGAACUGCAGAUAAAACUGUGAUAUAUGACUGGACUCCUGUUUGUGAAAAAGAUGACAAUACACCGCCAAACCUGUACUUUGCAAUAAGCUUUAAAUCAAAUGGCUGGAAGAUUCUAGUUGAGUAGACACCUUUCAAUUAUAUCUUUUUAUGAUUUUUGUCAAUCAGCCCUUUUUUUUAUGAACAUUGAUGUUUGUCAUUGUGCCAUUUAAGUGUUUGUGUAUCUUAAAUUGGAGCUUUAGUGUUUAUGGUAUAUUAUAAAUUUAUUGCUCAUGUUUGAAAUCUAGCUACUCUAGUCUUUUUAAUACUUAUAUACUAUUAUCUGAGUAGCAUCUUAAAAACAGAAUGAAAUACCAGUUGUGAAGUGCAGGAUUUAUUUUAAACCAUGUCAAGAACUUGUGAUAUAGAUAAAUAAUUUAUACAUUUUUUUGAAUUACUGUAAUUGAAAAUUAAAUUGAAUGGCCAUUUA